GCGCUACAGGAAAAAAUCCAAUAAGAGACUUUUGUAGUUUGCGGUUGGAUGAUCUCGGUAGUUUUCGUACCUAUCGAUACACUUAUGAAUCGGGCGAAAUAUGAUAAAUCCCGCGGACGACUCGAUGCUAUUAUUGUAUAGUCGCCAAGUUGUUUUCUGCUGGCUCCAUUGAAGGGUGUCAUCGUCAUCGGUCUGAGAAUCAGCGGUGAAUAAAGGACGUUCUACACAACACGGACAGUAAUGGAGGAUAUAUUGGGCAGGCUUUUGGUAGCCGACACAAAUGUUGUCGAGCAGGCUACCAGCGAGUUACGAGAAAUUUUCAAAAAACCAGAAAGCAGUUCCCAGUUGUUCCAGCUCAUGAUUGCCUCUCAAAAACCUAUGAUAAGACAAUACGCUGCCAUACUUUUGAAAGAGCGCUAUUCCAAAGUUAAAAACUGGGGAAAACUUCCAGUUGACGUUCGCACUCAGGCCAAACAAUUGAUCAUUCAGGGCUUGAGUCAAGAGACAGAGAAAAAUGUGCGCAACGCAAUAGCUCAGCUGAUGGGAGUCAUCGUCAGGCAUGAACUACCGAGCAAUGGAUGGCCACAGAUUUUUGAAAUAAUACAAGAGUUAUCGUCGAGCGAAGAUCUUUCAAAAAAAGAACUGGGCAUGUACACUCUUGCGAAAAUCACAGAAAUUUCUCCGGAUGCUUACAUCGGUCAUGCACAAUCCAUUAUGACUCUUCUUGCCCAGGUUAUGCAGAGUCUCGGUGAAAUGGGAACCAUGACUGCUUUUUACAUUCUACAGACAAUGCUUAAUCUUGUUCCCCUGGUUGACGGUAAUCCAAUGAUGGUGAAUCUGUAUCACCAAAUGAUGGGUCCUGCCAUGAGCGUUGUUCAAGCAUUGGCAACGACCAACGAGGACAGAGCUAUCGAGGCUUUGGAACUUUUUGAUGAACUGUGCGAUGAAACCAUUAACGUCUUUGGUUCGAGAACAAAAGAUCUGAUUGCCAUGUGCCUCGAUAUCGCUAAGAAUGUGUCUUUAGGUGAUGAACUACGAUCGAGAGCAAUCAGUCUUUUGAGAACAUUGAUAAGAACAAGGAAGAGAACGAUACUGAAGCAUAAGCUCGUCGAGCCAAUAGUUGAUGUGCUGUACGGACUCAUGUCAGCAAAGUUGGACGAGGAUGAAGACGAAGAAUUAUUCGACGAUGAAAAUGAGAAGCAAACGCCAUCGAUAAGAGCAGCGCACACGAUGCAUCUUUUGGGUCUUCAUCUCCAGCCCGAAAAACUUUUCCCUCAUUUGCUCCGUUGCAUAAAACCGGGUUUGGAUGGGAACGACGUAUAUGCGAAGAAGGCAGCAUACUUGACUAUGGCAGUUUUGACCGAGGGUUGUUCAGAAUUCAUAAGGAAGAAUUAUUUACCAGAUUUUUUGCAGUACGUUUUAUCCGCAGUGAUGCACGAUAAUCCGAUAGUCUGCAACGCUGCUCUCUACGCUGCGGGCAAGUUCGCUGAAUUCUUGCAACCGGAUAUCAGUCGGUUUUCGGAUCAAUUGAUGCCCGUCUUGUAUCACUACUUGGAUCGCGUUUACGAGUGUGGUAAAGAGGGGGUAGAUUUACCGAAGGGCGUGAUGCAAAUGUUUUAUGCACUCGAAACAUUCUGCGAGAAUUUGGAGGAUGCUCUGCUCCCCGAGCUUCCUGAACUUAUGCGGCGACUGAUCGAUUACCUUAACAAAGGAACUUCUCUCCAAAUUCGCGGUCUCGUUUUCAGCGCCAUCGGCGCUGCUGCCAAUGCGAGUAAGCAGAAUAUGCUCCCUUAUUUCCCUGAUAUUAUGAGACAUCUGGACGCUCAUCUCGCCGAACCACCGACCGAAGAAACAAUGUCGUUGCAAAUUCAGGCUAUCGAAACUCUCGGUAUCCUUAUAAGAAGCGUCGGGAGCGAAAAUCUAACCGCAGUGAUCGGUCGGUUUCUCGAGUUCGGUCUCAAUCUCCUACAAAAUACGAACGAUCCGGAUAUUAGGAAAGUGGUUUAUGGAUUGUUUGCUUCAAUAAGUACAGUUAUGAAGAAAGACAUGGCACCGGCGUUGCCUAAAAUCGUCGAACACAUUCUCGAGAGCAUACGAAGCACCGAAGGUGUUGUGACUCGAUACAAGGACGAAGACGUCGCAGUUUUGUUCCCAAUUUAUGACGACGGCAGUGACAACGAAGAGGGGGAAGAGGAUAUCGAGGAUACCGACGACGAAGAGGACCUCGAUGACGAUGACGUUGCUGGCUACAGGGUCAACAGUGCAUACGUCGAGGAGAAAGAGGAAGCGAUAUUGGCCCUGAAAGAAAUAGCACAGUAUACCGAGGAAGCCUUUUUGCCGUAUCUGGAAAAAUCGUUCGAAGAAACCUUGAGAGUGACGAGUUAUCCUCAAAUGGAUAUAAGAGAAGCGUCGAUAGACGCGUUGAUGCAAUUCUGUCUGAAUCUGUCAAAAAUCAGUACCAACGAAUGUAGGGAUGCAUUGCUGAAAGCGCUGUCGGUAUUCGUGCCAAAGUUAUCAGAGUUGAUAAGGCUCGAUUGCGAGAGGUCGGUGGCGAUGAACGGCCUGGGAGCUUACGCGACGAUGUUGAAAGAAAUCAAAGGCGAUGUCCUGCUAGGGGAAGGCCACCGGGACGCUAUAAUUAAUUGCGUAACGGACGUAAUGUUCGAGAAAACCGAAUGUCAAGAGCAGGAGGACGACGUGGUCGGUGAGGAUUGCGAGAACGAGGCAGAGGAAGAUGAAGCUCUGAUCGAAUACGCUGGCGAUGUCUUUUCAGCCUUGGGAAAAGUCAUCCCCCCCGAAGAUUUUGCCAUGUACUUUCAGGCUGUUUUGCCCAUACUCAGUGAACGUUGCAAAUCCAACAAAUCGGAGGCCCAAAAAUCGUUUGCGAUUGGAACGAUCGCGGAAUGCAUAUCCGGCUUGAAACACACUUCCGGGGCGUUCGUCGAGCAGCUUUUGCCGCUGUUCCACAAAUGUUCUUCAGACGAGAGUCCAGACGUCCGUAACAACGCUUUUUACGGAUUGGGAGAGCUGAUUUUACACUCUAAGGAAGCCAUGUACAGCCAUUACAGCAACGUGCUGUCCCUCAUCAUCGUCGCAUCGGCCCGUGAAGUCGAGGCCGGCCCACGUGACAACAUGGUCGGUGUGAUCGCGCGGAUGAUCAUCGCCAAUUAUGCCAUACUCGACAUCGACCAAGUCUUCCCUUCGUUCCUCAAGCAGCUCCCGUUGCAACAAGAUUUUGUCGAAUACCAGGCAGUCUUUGAUGCUGUCUUGACGCUUUAUCGAGCUGGACACGAAAUCGUCAAGCCGCAUCUUCAAGACCUUCUCACUCUCGCCAUCAACGUUCUCCACGAGGAUAAAGCACCGAGCGAUGAAACGAAGGAGACGAUAAUGGGUUUCGUGAAAUCAGUAAACCAGGACUUCGUCGACAUUUACAACGCGGUUUACUCUCAACUGAGCCCCGAAGUAUCGUCGAACAUGAUGCGCAUAUUUUCGUAGAACGUCUCCGAAGACUUUCGCUUUAAGAAUCUUUUUAUAUAUUUUAUUAUUCUCCGAUAUGAAUCUUCGCAUAGAGAAAAAUAGGAGAAAACGUGAAAAAUUGAGUGAGAUUCGAUUGUGAGAGAUCGACAGUCUCUUCUUUUUUUUUUCAAUUCACUCGCCAGUUUUCUUUACGGUUUCACGAUUUUAACAGUUCGCCGUGGAAAAUUAUGAAGAAAAACCCAGUAAAAACGAAUCUAACGACUGUCUCUUCACUAAUCGGAUCAGAGAUACUCGCGUGCGAAUCGAUUCAGCAAUAAGAUACCGACUUUUCUAACGCGUGCCUUUUUUUUUAUGAAAAUGUCGAAGAAAACAAAGCACAGUAUAUUUUUUUUAUAUACGCCAAUGAAAAAUGAAAAAAAAAGAAGAAAAAAAUGAGGAAGAAACGAACACGAUAUAAAAAAUACGAAAACUCAUGGAACCCCGCUAUCGCUAGUUGGAGACUCGUCCGUUGGCAUCAUAUGAUGGAUCAAAGUCAUUCAUUGUCAAUUGUAAUUUUUUACAAUUGCAAAUAACGAGUUUUGUAUGGAUUUUGACGAGGUUAACUUCAACGGUUGAACAGUACAAGGUUGAAAAAUAACUUUUUAAAAAUAUAAAAUUUGUUAAAGAUUAAUUUAAUUAUUCUGUUUAUUUAUAGCGAUCGAUCGUAGAAGUUGAAAACCCGAAGGGACUUUCGACGAUAUUUGUUUCAACGUUACUUUCCAACCGUGCUGCCCAGAUUUGAACAAAACGAUAUUGAAAUUUGCGUUGUUGGAAUUUCCGAAAAUAUUCCGAUCCAAUUCCGCAAAUUGCAAUCCGGUAAAUAUCAUCGUCGUGGAACAUUAAAAAUCAUUAUCUUCGAUGAUCAAAAGAGAGAGAGAGAGAAAAAAAAAGAAAAAAAUUCGAUAUAAAAUGUGUACGAGUCGUACGAACACGAAGAAAUUCGCUCUUCGCACUCAAAGUUAUUCGUACACUCGAAGCAAAUGUAAGUGUCUCGAGUGUAAUAAAAAACAAUAUUAUUAGAAAAA